CAAGUUACAGAGUUCAUUCUUGUUGGAUUUCCAUAUCUCCAUGGAUAUCAACCAGUUUUAUUCAUCAUAUUUUUGGUAAUCUACAUUAUAAUACUUACAGGAAAUACCUUUAUACUGAUUGCUGUUUUAUCAGAUCACAAAUUACACAGGCCCAUGUACUUUUUUCUUUGCAACCUUGCUGUUUUAGACAUAAUACUUACUACUUCGACUAUCCCCAAAAUGUUGGCAUUGUUUCUAAUUAAUGCUAAUAGUAUUUCAUUUACUGCAUGUUUUGCACAGAUGUGUAUAUCGCAUACAAUGGAACAGUUUGAAUGUUUCCUUCUUAUGAUAAUGGCAUAUGAUCGUUACGUAGCAAUAUGUAAACCUCUGCAUUAUGAGUCUAUUAUGAAUAAAAAUUUUAAUAUACUAAUAACAGUAAUUUGCUUUGUAGUAGCAUGUAUUUUGGCUGUGUCAGUUUCUGUUUUUACUGCUCAGUUUCCAUUCCAUGGAGCAAAUACAAUUAAUCAUUGUUUUUGUGAUAAUUUCUUUAUUGCUCGUUUGUCUUGUGUAGAUAUUACUCCACUAACUAUUUGGAUAUCAGCUGUUAUUGUAGUACUUGUUUUCAUUCCAUUUUCAUUUGUGGUAUUCUCGUACAUCAGUAUACUUAGAUCUGUUUUACGAAUUAGUUCUGCAUCAGGACGUCAAAAAACAUUUUCUACUUGCAGCUCACAUUUAGCAGUUGUGAUAAUAUAUUAUGUGUCAAUUGUUGUUAGUUUUUCCUCAUACAGAGCAGAUGAUGUUUCUGAUGAAUUCCAUGCUUUGGGUACAAUAUUCUUUGCUGUUAUCACUCCUGCACUUAACCCAAUUAUUUAUACUCUGAGGAACAAAGAUGUUCAGUUAGGUUUUAAAAUGUUUAUAAGAAACAAAAUUGUAGUUAUAAAAAGCUAA